CGGUCCGUAAGCCAGGAUUACGGACCUGGACUUGUUCUACGACACAAUAUCAAUCAUGUUCUGUUAGUUAAAGUUCGUCGUUCGAGUCACCAACGUAACGCAAACCGCACCAGUGCCAACGCAGUGUCUUCCACACUGAUGAGUGACUACGAAUGGAAUUUAACUCUUCAUGUCCUCUCAAAGUUAAGGAAUCAAAGCGUGUUCAUGGAUUCGAGGAAGCACGUGCAAUCAAAUCAAAGGCAACGAGAUCUACUCAUCCAAUCAUGCGUGCUACAAUCGGUAAGUCGUAUGAUUUGGUUCCUUUGGUAAUGAGUUCAAUAUUAAAAUAUGAUCAUUCGAGCUCAGAUACGAACUUAAGCUCGUACGAGUUCUACGACAUUCGCGCAA